AUGGGUGACGGAGCUCCUGCCUUGUUGAUCGUCCUGAUCACGAUACUGUUCCCGCCUGUCGGCGUGGCAAUGGUCAGUGGCUGCGGUGCGGAUCUCUUCAUCAACAUCGCCCUCACAAUUCUCGGUUACUUCCCUGGUCACAUCCAUGCGUUCUACAUCGAAUAUGUCUACUUCGACCGUCGCGAGCGUGCCCGCAACGGCGAGCUGACCGGAGAGCCUGCUCCAGGAGUCUACAGCGACCGUGUGCAGAGCGGUGGUCUGCGUCAGCAAGGGUACGGCACGCUGUAG